AUGAACGUUAAUAGGAAUAUCUAUGUUGACAUUUUGACAGAGAAAGAAGCAUGGGUCCUUUUCACACGUAUUGUGGGUGAAAAGUUAGUGAAUGACGUUAGACUGGAGAAAAUGGCAAGAGAGGCAGCCCUUAACCAACUACAAAAGCAUGCACCUCUAGAUAUCGAUCCAGAGAUAAGCAACGCGUUUAUUCAGUUGAAGCUGAGCUAUGACUUACUUGAAAGAAAAGAAGCUAAAUCGUGCUUCUUACUGUGUAGUUUGUUCAGAGAAGAUGAACUCAUACAUAUGUUGCGUUUAGUAGAAUAUGGGGUGGGUCUACAGAUAUUUGAAAAUAUGGAUAGCAUUUAUGAUGCCAAAACAAAAGUCCAAAUGGCACUUAACACCCUCAUAUCCUCUGGCCUGUUAUUGUCCGAGAGAGGUCAUGUAAAAAUGCACGACAUUGUUCGUGACGUGGCAUUGUUGAUAACUUCUUCUCAAGGCGAUGAGAAGUUUCAAGAGAAGUUUUUAGUGAAGGCUGGAAGAGAUUUGACGGAAUGGCAAAUAAGAAACAAAACCUCAGACAGAUACACCAAGAUCUCACUCAUGAAUAAUAGAAUUCGUACGCUUCCAGAUCAUCAGCUUCAUUUCCCAAUACUUGAUACUUUCCUUAUACGAAGCAAUGACCUUUCCAUUAUUCCUGAUGAAUUCUUUGGAGGCAUGAAGGAAGUUAAAGUUUUAGAUAUGUCUUACAAUAAAAUCACAUCCCUCCCACAAUCGCUGAAGCUGCUCACAAAACUCAUCACGCUCGAUAUAAGUUACAAUAAGAAUCUCAUUGAAAUUUGUAUAGUUGGGGAGCUAAAAGACCUUGAGAUUCUAAAGGUUAGAAAAACCGGAAUUAAAGUGAUUCCUGAAGAGAUCGGUCAAUUGACCAACUUAAGGCUGUUGGUGUCAUAUCGAAGCUCACUUGGUUGGAAGAGUUAUAUAUUGGAACCCUUCACAGGGACUCGUCUCGCUUUGGUCUUAUGGAAAUAA